UCAUCCGGAGUCCUGCUUUACGGCCCUCCCGGAUGCGGCAAGACUCUUCUCGUCAAAGCGUUGGCAUCGACCGCACGAAUUCCUUGUCUCGUCGUCACACCAAGUGUUUUGCUACGCAAAUAUUAUGGCGAAACAAAUGCACAGGUCCGCAGUUUGUUCUCUCUCGCGGCCAAGCUGUCGCCCUGUAUCCUUUGCAUCGAUGAACUUGACGGUCUCUUUCGCGAACGCAGUGAGCAAGAACACGAAGUUAGCCGGGACUUAAAAACUGAGUUUUUGCAGUGGGUGGACGGAAUGAUGAGCAAGGAUGAUGAGGACCGACAGAUUCUACUUGUCGGUGCCACAAACCGCCCCUUUGAUUGUGAUUCAGCGGUUUUACGGAGAAUGUCACAGUCGCACUUUGUCGGGUUGCCGGACCUCACGGCUCGCUCCGUAUAUCUCAAACAUGCGCUACGAUCCGUCCCGAUCACCAACGAUUUUGAUUUUAAUGAAAUUGCGUGUCGUAGCGAAGGAUAUAGUCCGAGCGACUUACGGCAAUUACUGCAAACAGCGGCG